AUGGAGCUAAAUCUUCGCCGUUGUUUAUCGAAUCCAAAAGUUGUAGCAAUCGGUGAAAUUGGUCUUGACUAUCGAAGUAAUAUUUUACGUCCUUCCAAGGAGACACAAAUCGAAGCAUUUACACAGCAAAUCAGAUUGGCACGAUCAAAAAACUUACCAGUGAUCAUUUAUUCUCGUCAAAGUUUUAUUGAAACAUUAGAAAUACUCUGCAAGGUAAUAUAG